AUGAUCGAAAAUCCGGAUGGGCGCGUGCAAGCUGCAGGAGAUGCUGCCCGCCGGAAGAAAGACUACGACAAAAAGACUCGUCGUGCGAUUCGUGAGGGUCGAUACCUUGGAAUGCAUGGCCGCGUUUCGAAAGAAGAACUUGAAGAGCCGCUCUGUCGCGACCCGCAGCAUGUCGUUGUUCAGCCGAAGAUCGCCGACCCGCCCGCCCGGACGGACAACAACGCAUCCGCAGCUCCCACGUCUCCAGGAAUCCGCACCGCUUCGCCUAUCGAUCCGAGCCAGAAAGUCGCCGGGCUGCUCGACACCAUAUUG